AUGGCGGCGGCGGUGGCGGCGGAGGAUCGGUGUCCGGCUGCGGGCGACGAGCAGCGCCCCGAUGGCGGCGGUACCACCAGCACCACCGGCAACACCGGCGGCGGGGGCACCGGUAACAACGGCAACGGCGGAACCGGCAACAACGGCGGCACCGGCAGCAGCAGCAGCCCCGGGUCGGUGGAGCUGGCGGCGGCUCGGCGGAGGCUGGUGGCGGCGGAAGGUCGCCGUCGGGCGGCGGCGGAGCUGGAGGGUCGGGUCCGGCAGGUUCAUUGCGCCCUGCGACACGCCGAGCUCCGCCUGGCCGCCCGCGCCGAGGCCCUGGGCCGGUUGGGGGCCGGGGUGGCCCAAGCCCAGCUGGCCCUGGCCGCCCACAACCAACGGUUGCAGAAGGGGCUCCGUCGUCGCCCCCGCCCCCGGCCCGCAGCCCUCUUGGCCGCCGCCCGCGCCCUCCGCAGCUGCGUCCCCUGGGGUCCCGCACGCCCCCGAGGAUCGGGAACGACCCCCGCCGCUUCCCGGCGGCUGCCCGCCGAUCUGGACAACGGCGGCACCGGCAACAACGGCGGCACCGGCAGCAGCAGCAGCCCCGGGUCGGUGGAGCUGGCGGCGGCUCGGCGGAGGCUGGUGGCGGCGGAAGGUCGCCGUCGGGCGGCGGCGGAGCUGGAGGGUCGGGUCCGGCAGGUUCAUUGCGCCCUGCGACACGCCGAGCUCCGCCUGGCCGCCCGCGCCGAGGCCCUGGGCCGGUUGGGGGCCGGGGUGGCCCAAGCCCAGCUGGCCCUGGCCGCCCACAACCAACGGUUGCAGAAGGGGCUCCGUCGUCGCCCCCGCCCCCGGCCCGCAGCCCUCUUGGCCGCCGCCCGCGCCCUCCGCAGCUGCGUCCCCUGGGGUCCCGCACGCCCCCGAGGAUCGGGAACGACCCCCGCCGCUUCCCGGCGGCUGCCCGCCGCGCCCCGCAGCCCCGCAUGA